UUCAGUUCAUAACAGACAGCUGAGACACAAAGAAAGGGAAAGAAAAACAAACAACCUCCCUCGUCCCCUCUCUCUCCUCCCGCUUUCUCUCUCUACAGACCUCGGUCUCCGACCAGGUGAAAAUCAGGUCGACGCAAUGGACGCCGACGAGAGAUUGACGGCUCUGAAGAGGGCGUACGCCGAUAUAAUCCUGAACACGGCGAAGGAGGCAGCGGCGAGGAUCAUGGUUUCGGAGCGAAAAGCCGUUCGGUUUCAGCACGAGCUGGGCGUGGCGAAGGAGCAGGGGCUUCAGAUGCUCCUUCGGCUCAAACAAAUGUUGGAUACUAAAGUCAGUGAAGCAGAAAUGACAUAUAUGAGUCAGCAGAAAAAGAUUAAAGAGCUUGAAGGACAAGUUCAGAACGCUGAGGAAACAAUAAGUGUAGCAGCAGUGAGAUCCUUGAGUCAACAGAGAAAGAUUGAAGAGCUCGAAGCACAACUUCACGAAGCUGAGGAUAUAGUCAAAGAUCUCAGAGAAGAGUUACGAGACAUGCAAGCUGAACUGGAGAGGGUGAGGAAAAACAAGUUACAGCAUAGUGGUGACCGUGACACAGAUCCUCAGGCACAAACCUCACAUGUGGAUAAUGGAUUCCAUAAUUCUCAGUCUGUCGUAUUCUCUCCUCCAGCUUCACGACUUGAAUGUUUCUCGACUAUGGACAUGAAGAAUUCAGAUGUCAAUCAAAGAGAUGCAGUGUACAAGUGCUACAAUGGAAAUGAAUAUGUGGGGAAUUCCUAUGUUGGUAAACCUGAUUUUCCCUUUAUAUCGGAGGAGAACAGACAAGAUAUUUCUCAGCCUAUUGUAUUCCAUCCUCCAGAACCACGACUUGAAUCUUUCACAGCUUCUGAUUUGAAGAGUUCAGCUUUCAAUCAACGAAAUGAGGCCUAUAACUGCCACAAGGAAAGUGAUUCACGCAUGGUGAAUGCACCUUUUAGUAAACCAGAUCUUCCCUCAAUAGUAUUGAGAAGCAAGGAACCUGAACUCUACAGGAAUCGACGCACUCAGAGAAUUCGCGCGUUUGAGGAGAAACUGAUGGCCGGAGAAUUGUCCUUUUCUAAUACAGUAGAUGAUGCAACCUAUGAAACAAGUGGCAGAGAAGAUGGAGAAAUUGAAGGGAUUUGUAAAACACCUACUUACAAGGCUGACAACAUGCGCACUACAGAGAAGAAAGGUGUACAACACCUGCUUAGGGUUUCUCGUCGGAAAAGGAGAAGAUUUACUACGUGUAAGAAAAACAAAACCCCUUCAUCUAGAUACCUCUCUAAUCGAGUCGUGAAAAGGGAUCAAAGUUCUGAUAUCAAUGGACAAUCUGGAGGAGACCCUUCUUACCUGGCCCCAGUGUUAUCAACAAAUAACACCGAUAACGGCAUUCUGCUAAAAUGUACAAAAGUUACUGAAAGUGACACAGAGUUUGUUAAAACUGGAAGUGGGCAGAACACUACGAACAAGGACCGGACAUCAAUGGAUAAGUUAUUGCUGACGGAACUGGUAAGUGGGUCUGCAGAGAAUUUGGGGGUUCCAAUUUUUAGAAGGGAUGUGGAGAAAGAAGAUGCGCCAGUAGUGAACUCGGAGACAAAAACAUAUGCUACCCCCGAUGGUAUUCCUAACCAAUCUGUGCCAGAUAGGAUUAUCAAGUACACAUUCCAAAGGAAACGGAAGAAAGAGUCUCUGAGCAGCCCUGAUGAGAAUGCCAAUGCUGAAGGGAGCAUUUUGAAGAAAAAGACAGCAGAGAAUGGUCCAGUGCAGAUGGAGAAGGUUAGCUCAAUAACUGAGUCAUCUCGAGACAGUAGACGUGUAGCACAGGUUGCUCGUCAGCUUAUAUCACUGUCCGAGAAAAAGUGGUGGAAGUAAAUCUGGUUUCCAUUCAUUCAAAUGGUGAAGGGUAUUUAUCUUGAGGAGUAAGCAAAGAUUUCCUCAGCAAUGUUUGUCUGUGGAGAUAGAGUUUCGCCAAAGAAUCCUGUUGAGUUGGCUGCUGCUUCAUGAGGAGAAAGUGUACAUCUUGAGUUACUAAUUUAUGGGUGUAAUACCCCAUGAGUUGUUACAUAUUGGGGUAUUUCAUGUAUGAUCCGACUUUCACUAUACCGUAUCUUAUCCUCAACUGUACUAUUGCGGUGGUUUCAUCUUUUGACUCAGCUUUUUUAAAGUUAUAUAAUAGCAUUUUUACAUGUUUAA